CAGUAAAAUACCGUUAAUUUACGGUGAAAUCUUUUAGAGUGUAGUAACCUUCUUGUUUUCUGAUUAUGUUCUGCACAAUAGACUUCAUCAGCAACUGCUGCCAUACGUUGAUGUAACCACGGCCAAUCUCCACUACUUCUUAUUUUUAAUCAGGCAACGGUGUGAGUGCACCACUCCUGUAGCCAGUUUUGUAGUAUAACAUGGCUCCAGUGAAGCCCAGCAGGACUCCCCCUUCCCCUCAUGACUGUGUGUAAAGCCGUGGGAGAGGACUGGGAACAUUAAUCCCUUCAAAGGAACAGAUCUAAUUCAAAAUCUGCCGCUCCAAACUAGUUGAGAGGACAGUGAUUGUUUCUUCGGGGAAGCAAAGAUCAGAGAGUUGAUAUAGAAAACUACAACUUCGACCGCUCUCAUACAAAAGUUUGAAUUUUAUCUUUAGAAAACUGCAUACAUUUAAUGUUCCGCAAAAAAAUCAGGACAAAAUAUGUUGUUGUAUUCCAGUUUAGACUUUGUGGUAAAGUUUGGUUUGGAUGCUUCAGUGCACGAGAUCAUUGUGCUCGACUUCCUCUCAAGACCCAAUGAAAUGACAACUGUGUGAGGAAACAUAAUUGAGACAUCCCCAUUUCAAGUGCUGCUUUUGUCACCUGAUUUAAAACAGAGGUUUCCCCUUUGUACCGUGUUAAGUAACGUGUUAUAAUUUGAAUUAGCUGAUGGGAAUUUACCCCAAGGCUAUAAGCUUACAACAGAGACAAAAAACUAAAUUAGGAAUAAGGUUUUGAUAGAACAAAUGAUUGAAACGAGUGAGGGAGAAUUAGGUUUUUAAAUAAUUCAGACAGGGUAUAAUUAAGCGUUUAAUGCUGUGUUGUAGUUCAAAGGGACAACAAAGGCAAUUUAAUUCAAAUUAGAAAUGUAAAGGAGACGCAGAUUGUUGGGAGAUGAGAACUUUGUGUUGAGUCACUCGAUUUGGUCUCUUUCCUCCAUCAAACAGUCAGGCAACGCUCUCAGAGAUCUCCAGAGAUAACAAUGUCACAUUGUCACGUAGGGUUCUGCUACAAAUCCUUAAUUACAAAAAGAGGAUCAGAUGACUACAGCAUCCAAUACCGGGGUCUCCAGGCGGCGUGGGGGUCUUUGAUCAAGAAAAUCCAAUUAUUUGUGUAUAUACAUUUCCCACAUAGUGAUUACUUCAUUAAUUGUCCCGCCUUUAUCUCCUCCCUUCCCAUCCCCCCUAAUAAUCAGCUCCUUUAUCCAGACCAACAAACACACCAUAGGAGCUUUGUGGAUUCAAAGGAUUUGCUUUCCCCUCUCAAAGAGCCGCCAUUCUUUGAUGAUUGGGCAGCGGCGAACUUCAAAGUAAUAAAUCUUAGUUGUGACUGGCUGGCGGCCCACCAAAGUCCUUAUCAAAUCCUAAGAAGUGAUCCCUCGCGCUCCAGAUACACCGAGGAGAUCUCGGAGAGAGGAAGCACCGCAGAGCGGAGACCUGCUCGACGCGAUAUUUCACGGCGAAUGCGCGUAUUUAUCUAAAUUAGUGCUUUUUUUUAAUAUAUAUUUAGUAUUUUGUAUUCGGAGCCGAGAGGGAGGAGGAGGUUUUUCACCAUGGCAGCAGUGGCCGUACUGCGCAAUGAGACACUCCAGGCUUUUCUCCAGGAUCGCACCCCGAACUCCUCUCCAGAGAACUGCAAGCACUCUCCGCUGGCUCUCCUGGCCGCCACUUGUAACCGGAUCGGGCAUCACCACGGAUCGAACCCCGCCGAUUUCCUCCAGGUCCCUUACGACCCGACCCUGGGCUCCCCUUCGCGUUUAUUUCACCCGUGGACUAACGAGGGGACGCCUCAGAGCAGCCUGGCCGGAAACUCCACGUUCGGACUAUCGUCCAAGCCCCAGCUGUCCGCGCACAUCCAGAGCUCCUUCAGCUCGCACCACGAACUGCCCCUCACCCCCCCGGCGGACCCCUCGUACCCCUAUGACUUCUCCCCCGUGAAGAUGUUGCCCUGCUCCAUGCAGUCUCUGCAGUCCUCCUGCCCCCCCACGUACGUCCCCGCCGUCAGUUACGCGGCCCCGGCUCCCAUCCCGUCCGCCAUGCCAAGUUUUCACGGGACCCUCCGGCCUCGUGCACCACCACCACCACCACCACCACCAGCAGCAAGACAGUUGUCCCCGAACCCCGGGGAGGACAUCCCGUGGUGGAGCCUCCAGCAGGGGAACCACGUCGCCCACUCUUCCUCCCUCGGCCCGCACCGCUUCCAGCUGCAGCGGGGCUUGGUUCUGGGCCACACGGACUUCGCGCAAUACCAGACGCAGAUCGCGGCUCUGCUGCACACCAAGUCCCCCCUCGCCACCGCGCGCCGCUGCAGGAGGUGCCGGUGCCCCAACUGCCAGUCGUCCACGUCCAGCGACGAGCCCGGCAAGAAGAAGCAGCACAUUUGCCACAUACCGGGCUGCGGGAAGGUUUACGGGAAGACGUCGCACCUGAAGGCGCACCUGCGGUGGCACUCCGGCGAGCGGCCGUUCGUGUGCAACUGGCUCUUCUGCGGCAAAAGUUUCACCAGGUCGGACGAGCUGCAGAGACACCUGAGGACUCACACGGGGGAGAAGCGCUUCGUUUGCCCGGACUGCUGCAAGAGGUUCAUGAGGAGCGACCACUUGGCGAAACACGUCAAAACUCACCAGAACAAAAAAAACAAGUGCCACGACAAGACGCUGGACCACGUCAAGAGGGAGGACACGAGGAAUAUGUUGUAACACGCGUUGUGGUCACGUCGAAGCAGUAGGAAUCACUAGUGCAAUACAGGCGGUUGCCCACGUUAGUUUUAAGUGCUCAGUGAGCUGCAUUCUUAGUGGGGAUGUUUUGUUUAUUCCGUUGAUAUUCACACACCUUGAGGAUUAGUCUCUGCCAUCGCUGGUCUGUGUAGCACAUUUUUUGUAUAUAUAUAAAUAUAUAUAUAAAGUUUCAUAAGUUAAUUUGGGACCACGGAGAAGGUAAAGCUCAUAGGUGUGAAUUCACUGUCUAUAUCAUGUCAUGGAAGACAAGUUUUCAAGUUUUGGCCAUUGUCUUCGGCGGAAGAUCUCACUCCGCUGUAAAUUAUAUUUAAUAGCUUUUGUUGACUGAAAGUGUCAGUUUUUCGCUCCAUAAGGGGUGUUUUUAAGCAUGCUCUUGAAAAGAUCUGCUAUUGUUGAUAUGACCCAAAUACUGUGUGAGAAUAAAGAUUAUAACAUUUUCCUGAACUCUAAA